CGCACGCGAACACAUUCCUCUGCAGUUUACAAGGGAAGCCACACUGUGGAUGAUGGAUUGCUCGGAAGAGGUUCCGACUGUAUCUGAGGAGCCCAGCAUUCAACUAGAGCUUAAAAAGGGAAUGUCAAUUUUUAUUGAUAUUUUGCGGCGGGCAGAUAAAAACGAUGAUGGAAAACUGUCCUUUGAUGAAUUCAAAUCCUACUUUUCUGAUGGAGUCCUGACAGCCGAGGAACUGAAGGAACUCUUCCACACGAUUGAUACUCACAACACAGACAAUGUGGAUACGGAUGAACUCUGUGAGUACUUCUCCCAGCACCUCGGUGAAUAUGAGAAUGUUCUUGCUGCUCUAGAAGAUCUGAAUAUGUCCAUACUGAAGGCAAUGGACAAAACAAAGAAGGACUAUCAGGAGUCCACCCACCUGGAGCAGUUUGUGACCCGCUUCUUGCUGAAGGAGACAACCAAUCAGCUUCAUUCACUUCAAAGCUCACUCGAGUGCGCCAUGGAAACCACAGCUGAGCAGACUCGCCAGGAGAAACAGGGCCCACUGAAGCCAGAGGUUUUGUCUAUCCAGUUAUCAGGCCGUCGCUCUAAUCGGAGGCUUCAGAGGAACAGCAGCCUCUCUCCCAACAAUCCUCUCCUCAGUCUUGUUAAUUCAGGGGUUUAUGAUGAAGACAGUCAGUGGGUGAUCCAGGUCAACAGGCUGCAGAAGCUUAUUGAUCGUCUAGAACAUAAGGAGAUUCGAUUGGAGCCUGUUGAAGAGGAAGUCUUGGAGAGCAAAUCGCACAUCCUAAUAGUCCAGAGGCAGCUCUCGGUGCUGGAGGAGGAGCUGGAGGAGUUUCGUUUGGCUCUCAGACAGUACAUGGAGUGUGCUUGUGCCCAAACUGGAUGUCUACACAUUGCAGUUCAGCGGCUGGCAAAUGAAUCGCGCUUCAUUCUCUAUGAAUUCUGGGAGCACAACAAUGUGUGGAAGAAUCACCUACAGACAAACUACAGUAAAACCUUCCAGAGGGGGAAUGUGGACUUCCUGGAGACCCCUGAGAUCAUUACUACCAUGCUUGUUCCAGCUUCGUGGUGGGUCCUCAACAAUAACUGAAAGAGAAGCAGCACCCUUCACCGAUCGUCACUGCUGGGCGUGAGGAGCAAACAGUCACCUGUCAACACAUUGGGAUGUCCACAGCAGCACCUCACACACACAUGCACAUUAACUCAACACAACUUGUGAAGUCAUGGUGAUUAGCAUUUAUGACCUCCAUGUUCCUUCAUAGUUUGGUGGUAGCUGAAAUAGCCCACGUGUGUAUGUGUGUGUUUGUUUACACUUCUAAACAAUGCUCCUUUAUCUUAAAAGCAAUGACCUCAUCAAGCAGUGAUCCAUCUGAUGAUCCGAUAUCAUCACUGUGUUUGACGUGACAUCAUCUACUGUCCAAAGUAGUUCAGGAGAGCUGAUGUGUGUGUGUGUGUGUAUGUGUGUGUGUGUGUGUGUGUGUGUGUGUGUGUGUGUGUGUGUGUGUGUGUGUGUGUGUGUGUGUGUGUGCGUGUGUGUGUGUGUGUGCGUGUGUGUGCGUGCCUAAAUUCAUAAGUUUGUAAGGACUAGUUUAAAGUUUGGGUAGUUUAAUGGACACUUUGUUUCAGCACUACACUUAAAACAUGAUGAAGAAGAGGGAAAUUUUAGAUUUAGCUGUUAGGAUUUUUGAUUGGAUAAGGUGUUGUAAUUUUGUUGCACUUUUUGUUGCAAUGACAAUGACAAAGUUUUAUUCUUAUUCUUGGGUAAUCCAUCAGUUAAAUGAAUGUCCUCACAAAAAUACAAACAUGUUUGUGUGAAAGAAUUGGAGUAAAAGAUCCUUAAAGAUAUAAUUGUAUCACUUGUAGCAGCUCUGGGGAGCUCAGUAAACCAUGACUCUGUAGUUCCUGUAUUUAUUGUGUCAAACUGAGACAAAAUCUUAAAUAAAGAUAUUGUGUACAUUGUGUU